AAAAACCCCACAAACCCACAAAUCAGAAACCUCGCUCUCUCUUUAUUGCUUUCUUUCUUUCUCUGUUUUCUCACUAAACUUUUUAUUCCAAUCAAAGUAAAAUUAAUUCCGCCGGAAGACGAUGGCCGGAAGUAUAGGAAGAGACGAGUGGUCGGACUACGACAGCAGUUGCUCCUCUUCCAUAACCGUCCCAGACUCAACCCGUAGCUGGAUGAGCAACCUCAGUUUCGGGAGUAGGCGUCGCAGCAGCAGCUCAGCCGCAGACGGGGGUGGCCUUGAGAACAUUACAAGCGGUACGAUGAUGGUGAAGCCACACAAAGCAAACGAAGUGGGAUGGGAGGCGAUGCGGUGGCUACGGCGAGCGAAAGGGGAAGUGGGGUUGGAGGAUUUCCGGCUAAUACGGCGGGUGGGGAGCGGAGAUAUUGGGAAUGUAUAUUUAUGUGAGAUAAGGAAUCCAAUGGUGGGAUUACCAAAGUGGUUUUACGCCAUGAAAGUGGUUGAUAGAGAAGCUGUAUGUGUAAGGAAUAAAGAGAGAAGGGCAGAUAUGGAAAAGGAAAUAUUGAAAUUGCUAGAUCACCCUUUUUUGCCAACUCUUUAUGCUCAUUUUGAAGCUUCUCAUUAUUCUUGUUUGGUUAUGGAGUUUUGUCCUGGUGGUGAUUUGUAUGCUGCCAGGUUACGUCUUCCCAAUAAACGCUUCUCCAUUCCUUCUGCUAAGUUUUAUGCGGCGGAGAUAAUUUUAGCUCUUGAGUAUCUACACAUGAUGGGCAUCAUUUAUAGAGAUUUAAAGCCGGAAAACGUUUUAGUUAGAGAAGACGGCCAUAUCAUGCUCUCCGAUUUCGAUCUCUGCCUCAAAUGCGACGUCGUUCCAAAGCUCCUCCGUUCCCGUACCACCGCUUCCGACCGCCACGUUAGAUCCUCCUCCUACAGCUUCUCCACUUCCUCCUCCUCCUGCGCUGCCGCACCCAUCCAACCCGUCCUCUCUUGUUUCUCCCUCUCCCGUCGCCAAAAAUCCACCACCGUCACCACCAUCACCGAACACGCCUCCGACUCCAUCUACAGUGGCGAGGAAUUCGACCCAGAACCAGAAUUAAUAGCGGAACCGAUAAAUGCCCGGUCGAAGUCAUUCGUGGGAACCCAUGAGUAUUUAGCUCCGGAGGUGAUUUCCGGGCAGGGACACGGCAGCGGAGUGGAUUGGUGGACGUUGGGGAUAUUCUUAUACGAAAUGUUGUAUGGGAAAACGCCGUUUAAAGGGGAAAACAAUGAGAAGACGUUGAUGAAUAUAUUGAAGCAGCCAUUGAAAUUUCCAAGAAUUGGGAUUAGUAGCAGCAAAGAAUAUGAAGAAAUGGUGAAAGUUGAGGAUUUAAUUAAGAAACUUUUGGUGAAAAAUCCAAAAAAAAGAAUUGGGAGUUUAAAAGGAUCAGUUGAGAUUAAAAGACAUGAAUUUUUCAAAGGAAUUAAUUGGGCUUUAAUUAGAUCCGUACGACCUCCACAAAUCCCCAACAACAAUAUUAUUAACAACCUUAAUUACUCUAAACACCCUUCUAAUUAUUUACCCAAAUUAAGUAAGAAACAAAGACAACAACCUUACCAAAUCCCUAAUCACCAUUUUGAUUAUUUCUAAUCACUUUAUUUCUUUCUUUCCUUAUUGUAAAAUCUCAUGUAUAUAGAGAGAAAAAACAAAAAAUGAAAGUUGUUUUGUUUUGUUA